CACGCCUCCUCGUUCAUCAGCAUCUCUGGUUCACCUCCUCGUCCUCGUCCUCGUUCUCGGCUUUUGGACAGCGACGCGCACGCUCUUGUGCUUCUUGACGAUGGGGAAGGCAGGCUCACGUAGUGCACGCAAAGCUAGCCUGAUUGCCUUUGGAGUCAUCGCUCUUGCCGCCUUCGCCUGUGCGGUAGACGCUACGGGCAAGGUUGGGGAGGAUGUUCAAGUUGUUGACCAGGCUGCGGAAGCCUCUAGGGCAUACAAGCAAGCCAUCUCCACGCUCUCCACGCUGACCGCUCUACCGCCAUCCCAGACAGAGGAUCCGAGCCUCUACCUUUCGUACGGCAACAAUGGAUUCCAGUUCUCGUCACUAUUUCCCAGCAUCCAGGGCCAUGGACCAAUCUCGAGCGCGAUGCGAAUAGCGGUGAAGCUCCUCCACCAGUCAUGGCUGCCCGCGUCCUUGACGGGCUACGUGAAAGAUGAACUAAGCGGAGGGAGGCAGAAGGAUACGGAACUACAUGGCAAGGCAGUCAAGGUCAUUGACCUUUUGCAACAUGCAGCGGAUCUCGGGCAUACGGAUGCUUUGUACACGUUGGCACAGAUUUCUUUGCUGCCGCCUAAUAGCUACUUCCCGUCGGACCCCCAGCUUGGACAUGAUUCCUACUCUACUCAUGCACAGCUGACGGGGAAUGCGUCCUCUCAAACUAUGCUAGGUUUCUUCCAUUCGACUGGUUACCACGGCGUCGUUCCUAUAGACCAAGCAAAGGCACAAUUGUACCUCACCUUCGCCGCACAUGGCGGACACAAAGGCGCGCAGAUGGCACUCGGCUACAGAUAUUGGGCGGGCAUCGGUGUUGCCGAGAACUGUAUGGACUCACUCGCCUGGUACGAAGAUGCAGCGGAACAAACGAUGGCGAAGUUCCUGUCCGGCCCUCCGGGUGGCCGCACGCUUCCUCUCGCUGCGCCGAAGUUGUCUGACCUUGUCGGUGGUGUCUUCGGUCCCGGCGCGAGCGUGGCGUCCACGGGACUCCAGGCGGGCAGACCAGUCAUCAAGACUGCUCGUGCUCGGGCAGCGGGAGAGACAUGGGAAGAUCUCCUUGAAUACUACUUGUUCAACGCGGACCGCGGCGAGACCGACUUCGCCUUCCGUCUGGGCAAAAUAUUUUAUCAGGGCAGUAUAUAUGGGCUGCCUGGCGGUACCUCCUCGGGCGGCGAAGGCGCGAGUGCCAUCCCACGGGACUUCGCGCGCGCCCGCUACUACUUCCUGCGGAUCGCACGGCAAGUCUGGCCGCGGGACCACGGCGACGUGCGCGACACCUCCACGCAAGCCCUCCGUGAAGAGAACCCGACGCUCGCCGCGUACGCGGCGCUCGCUGCGGGCUACCUCGGGCGGAUGUACCUCCGCGGGGAGGGCGUCAAGGCGGACGCAGCGACGGCGAAGAUGUGGCUUGACCGCGGAGCGGGGUUCAACGAGAAGGAGAGCCACAACGGGCUGGGCAUCAUAUGGAGGGACGGGCUGGUCGAAGGGCGCAAGGACGCGAAGAAGGCGAUGCAUCAUUUCACGGUCGCGGCGGGGCAGGAGUUGGCGGAGGCCGCAGUCAACCUGGGGAAGAUGCACUAUGAGCGGGGCGACGUGAAGGUGGCUGCGUCCUACUUCGAGACGGCGAUGCGCCAUGGCUCGCCGUUCGAGGCGUACUACUACCUCGCGGAAAUUCAGGCCGCUCAGGCACGGAGCAACAUAGCCAACCCGCAUAUCGCAGGGAGCUCGUGCUCUGUAGCGGUGUCGUUCUUCAAGGUCGUCACGGAGCGCGGCGUGUGGGACGAGGACCUCCUGGGCGACGCGGCGGAGCUUUGGGAGUUCGGCAUGGAGAGGGACCAUGAGAUGGCGAUGUUGAGGUGGUGGAUCGCUGCUGAGCGGGGCAACGAGGUCGCUCAGAACAACCUUGCAUUCGUUCUUGACCAAGACAAAAGCAUCUUGCGCUUCACGAGAUUCGCGCCCACCUCACCCUCAAAUGACACAGCCCGAGUCGCUCUCACCCAAUGGAUCCGAUCAGCAGCCCAGCGCAACGUCGACUCCCUCGUCAAAGUGGGCGACUACUACUACCAUGGGUUGGGUGUCCCUGACGAGCCUGAGAACGUGCGUUGGGAGAAGGCGGCGGGCUACUACCAGUCUGCGGCCGACACCCAGAUGAGCGCGCUGGCGAUGUGGAAUCUUGGGUGGAUGUAUGAGAACGGCAUUGGCGUUCCUCAAGACUUCCACUUAGCGAAGCGCCAUUACGAUCUGGCUCUAGAAACCAACAGUGAGGCGUCGAUGCCUGUCUCGAUCUCGCUGUUGAAGUUGCACGCUCGGAGUUUGUGGCGAACUCUUACCGGGCGCUCCGGCGGACUGAGUAUAUGGGGCGACGACGAUGAUGAGAACAGUGGGUCUCGUCAACCCCCACACGGACGCACGAUCGAAGGCGGCGAAGAGGCAGACGACACGCAGGCUGCAGCCGGAGAGCCCGCAGCCGAGAUCGAUGAGUACGAGGACGGAGCUUGGUACUUUGGGAAGGCCCGCGAAGAGUUCAACAAGCGGAAGAAGACCGGCCAGAACGUCGACCGUGCACGCCACGACGACGACGAUCCGGUACAGUGGGCGAGGCAACGCAAGCAAGCCGAGGCCGAUCGCGAAGGCGACUUCGGCCCUGAAGACUACUUCGACGCCGCUACGCGCCGUGGCAGAGAUGACGAUGAAGACGACUUCACAGAGACCAUGCUCCUUGUGGUCGUCUGCAUCAUGGUAUCUGUGCUAAUUUACGUUCGUGGGCGCUGGAUGGACCGCAUUCGGAGAGAUGCCCAACAACAAGAACAACAGGGAAAUGGUGGCCAGGCACCUCCGGUGGAUUGGCAAGCACCACUACUAUAGUGAUGCGUGCGGGUCGGAUGGUUUCCGUGGACAUUUGGUCGCUAAAACACGUCGUUGUCUGUAUCGAUACCGGAAUGGAGGACGCUUAUCUCAGGUGGUGCUGAUGUGGUCAUGAGAUAGCCAGGAUAGAGUUCAUC